AGUGGCGGCGGAAAAGUCGUUCGCCAGCCAAACGCAGCGAUUACCAACCCGGCGAUAAUUGUGCUUGUCGAUCCGAAGCUCGCUCAGACGGCGUUUCAGCAAUUGGAGCAACUCAAGAUCUGCGUUCGGUUUGAAUGGGUAUUUGACUCGGUCGAGCAAUCCGAGCUCUUGGACGUUGCCCAGUACGAGAUCCGGCGUCGAACCAGUCAGGCGACACGAGUCAACUUCACAGACAAGGACGAUGAAAUCAGUUUGUACUUUCAUGCCGUCCAUGGCGACAUUCCUGCUCAAAUUCAGGGAUUCGGCGACCAUUCGCGAAGGGCCAUCAAGCAUCGAUUCAACUCUGUGUUGCAACCGCGCUUCAAAUUGACUCGCGGAGCAGGAGCAGCCCAGUUGGGCCAGUUUCUGAGUGCGCGCGACAUUGGCCAGGCACGGCAGAUUGCCGAGAAGAUGUUGGCGGAAGCUCAAGUCGAAGAAGACGACGGUGGUUCUGACAACGAGCCCGCCACGAACAUUCGCGGCAACAACCGGCACACCUCGCAUGCGCUAGACGCGGACGGGGCGGAUGACGAUGCCGACCUGCUCCCCAGCAUUCACAAUUCAAAGGCUGCAUCCCACCAUCCGGCAAAGCGACUGUUUGCGGAUGCCUUUGCAGGGUCGCAAGAGCCAGCAGAUGCUGACGCCCAUCUUCGGGGCUUGCGACAGCGGAUUGAGGAUUUGUCCAAGCGUUGUCAAAGCGCCGUCUACAUAACCGUGCGUGCUCUGUACGCUUGCAACGGUGAUUUCGAGUUGACGGAACGCUAUAUGCUCGGCUACCCCGUGCCUCAAACGCAUGUGUGGACGAGCACAGAAGACGAGGCAUUGCUUGGUCAAGACGAUGCAGCGAGGGUUGCAGCUGUUCGCAGCGCACACGGCGACGAGGCAGUCAUGGCUCGGCUCCAAUUCCUUGACGAGUCGUCCUGA